AUGACCAUCCAAGGCCUCCGACGACCGCUGCUGACCUUGUUCGCCCUCCUCGGCGCUGCCCAAGCCCUCCCCGCCGUCCAGCUCCCACUCACGCUCUCACCUCACUUUUUGAUGGAAGAGUAUGAACUCCAUUUACUGGCUAUCAAUGUGCAAUAUACGAUACCUACCGUACUCCACGGCCCCACCGAUCCUCGAGCUGUAUACACGUUUCUCGACGACCAUACCUUGGCCACGCUCUCUCCUUCCUCUCCAGCAUCCCCAUCAUCGUCUCGGCUACGCGAGGCCAGCAGAGACAAGAAGCCGGAGGUCACGCGAUGGGAGCUAGUGGUGCAGAAGCUAAACUAUACCUCACUCCCGUCUGCUUAUCCUCCGUCUUUGGGUAGGGAAAAGCUCGUCAGAAGAGUGGAGCUGGAAAGACCCCCGGAGAAGUUAUUAUACUCUCCCCAAAAUGGGGCUCUUGUCAUCGUGCUUUCUGCACCUCAAGCACUGGAAGGCGAAGAAAGAAAGGAAGAAACAGAAGGCAAUGGGCCAGUGGUGCAAGUUCAUCUCGCCCUUGGUGACAACGGGCAAUGGACGACAAAGUCCAAGUUGGAAAACCCGCUAAAAAACACCGGUCUAAUUGUCCUUGAAGCAACUAUUCGAGGACCCAUACUGGCAUUUUCAGCUCUCAAUUCGUCCCUCUCCAUCCCCAGCUCAUCCUCCAUCCUAUACACCCUCGACAUGUCGUCGCACAAACUCACACAAAUCAGCUCUGCUCACCAAGGCUCUGCGAACUCCCCUGUCAUCAGUUCUGAAGGCAAGAUUGCUUGGCUCAACCAGCCCCCCCUCCAUGCUGGAAACAAGAGAGUGGGAGAGGUUCGGAGAGCAAGAGAGGUUCGGAGAGCACUUUGGUUGUCAGAUGAUGUUGAUGGAAAGAGUCGGGCGGUCGGAUUACAGGAUUUCGAGUUGAGCCCCACCGGCGUGGUUUUUUCGAAAGACGGCAAAGCCAUCAACCUCCUGACUCCACACGACAACUCUGCCUCCCUCUUCCACAUAUGGACCCCUUCCUCUCGAUCCUCUCCGCCCGCCAAACCCGUGAGAAUUCCAUCUAAUGGUACAAUCUACGAUGCCGUGCACGUCGGCAUCACGCCCCUGGACCAUUCGCACUUGAUUGGCUCCAUGUCGGAGAAGACCGACGGGAAGGGGAAAGAGUUGUGGGUGAUCUCACACUCACCCCAUGAAGAUCCUGCCGAUAAUUAUGAGAAUAUCCGGUUGACUUGGUUUACGGAGGGGUGA